AUGCUGCUGCUGCUGCUGCUGGUAGAGGGUAAUAUAACUCUGCAGCAGCUAAAUGCUUUUAUCCGUCUCUCCCAUCGCUUCUGCGGCACCCCCCUCGCUCUUGCUGCUGCUCCCGAUGCUGCUGCUGCUGCUGCUGGUUCUGCUGCUGCUGGUUCUGCUGCUGCUGCUUCUCCUCUUCCUGCCGAUGCGUCAGAUCCCGCUGCAGCUGAUAUACACCUGGAGCAACUACCGCCUUACACUUCAGCAGAAACACCAGCAAAAGCUGCUGCUGCUGCUGCUCAUAGUACAGCAGCACGCUUCUCAUCUGCUGCAGCAGCAGUUGACGCCGCAGCUUCAGAGGACACUGCAGCAGAAGCAGCAGCAGCAACAACAGACAGUGGGAAUUGUGCUGCAGCAGCAACAAAACCAUCUGCUGCUUCUGUUGGUGCUGGUGGCGCUCCUUGGGAUGAUGAGCAGCAGCAGCAGCAGCAGCAACAGCAGCAGCAGCCGCAGCAGCAUUGUUGUCUUGAGGUUGAAAUGGGAGGAGCUAUGCUCUCUGCUGCCUGCUUCAAGGAGCGAAGGAGCAGCAGCAGCAGCAGCGACAGCAGCAGCGACAGCAGCAGCGACAGCAGCGACAGCAGCAGCAACAGCGAUAGCAGCAGCAGCAGCGACAGCAGCAGCAACAGCCACAAGACCUCCGCGCAGCGCGUUGGCCGCAGCCGUUCCCUGAGCAGCAGCAGCAGCAGCAGCAAGAACAACAGUGGCAGCAGCAACAGCAACAUCAACAGCAUCAGCAAGAGGAGGAGGAGCAGCAGCAGCGCUAGGCGGAUUAACCGAAGCAGCAGCAGCCUGAGCAGCAGCAGCAGCACGAGCCGCAGCAGCAGCUGCAGCACGACCCGCCCCACCUCAACCACCACCAACACCGACACCUGCAGCAGCACCGUUAACAGCAGCAGCAGCAGCAGCAGCGGCAGCACGAGCGCGAGCAACAGCAGCAGCAGAAACAGGAGCAGCAUGAGCAGCAGCAGCAGCAGCAGCAGCAGCAGCAAGGUUCGUUGGAGUGUGUGCGGUCGGUGCGGGCGCUUGAAAGGGGAUCGGAUCCGGCACUGUGGGGCGUGCGGUGUAUGCGUAGCUCGUCAAGACCAUCACUGCCCGUGGAUAAAUAAAUGUAUAGGCAUAAAUAACAUUCGCUGCUUCGUGUCUUUGCUGCUGUACGGCUGUCUCCUUGCUGCUUUUGCGGUGUACGCUCUGCUGUCUCCUGCUGCUGUUGUUCUUAACCUGCAGCAAAUACAUGUAGAUCUGCAGCAGCAUGCCUAUGCUAAGAGCCUCGUCUUUAAUGCCGUCUCUAGGCGUCUCCUUCUUAUAGAGCGAGAGCCUCAAGCUGUGCUGCUGCUGCAGCAGCAGCAGCCAGACCACCAGCAGCAGCAGCAGCAGCAGCAGCAGCAGCAGCAUCUGGAGCUGCUGGUUCCAUCUCCAUACUCCCCCUAUUCACCAGCAGAGACAGAUAGCGAAGAGCGUCUGCUGCAGCAGCAGCCCAGACUGUCUGCUGCACAGCGAAGGGGUAUCAUUCAUAAGUGUCUCCGUUUGCUGCUGCAAGCCACAGUGGGGCUUCCUUCUGACCCUCCUCCACCCCCUACGCAGCUGCAGCUAAAUGCUGCUGCUCUAGAAGCCUGGCGAGCUGCUUCUGCUGCUGCUGCUGCUGUGCAGCAGCAGCACCAGCAGCAGCAGCUACAGACACAGCAAACACACAAAGAUGCAGCAACAGACCCUGCAGCAGCUGCAGCACGAUCAAACCCAUCCCUACAACAGCAGCAGCAGCAGCAGCAGCAGCAGCAGCAGCAGGAACAAAGGCGCCUGCGGUCACUGGCAUUUGCUGCUGGGGUUGCUGCUGCUAGGGAUUCUGUUGCUUUAGCAGCAGAGCAGUUGACGGGCCCCUGUCCCUUUAAUAAGAGCGUAGUUUCAUUUGCUGCAGCAGCAGCAGAAAGCAGCUUGCUGCGGCAGUCUGUUAUCAUCGUUCUCUGUCUCUCCUCGAACAUGGGUGCUGCUGUUGCGGUGCUGCUGCUGCUGCAUCUGCUGCUGGUGCUCUCCAACACCACAACGCUCAGCGUCCUAAACCACUUGACUGGGCGGGGACCUGCAUCUCGUAAGAAGGAAGAGGGUGGUGGGUCUGUCAGUUUGUUUGCUUUUUUCUUGCAUGCGUUUGUCUCUAAGUCUGCUGUCUCCUUCUCGCCUUAUAACAAGGGCUGGCGAGACAAUCUGCAGCAGCUGCUGGGCCCUCAACCUCUCCUUGCUCUCUUCUUACCCUGGACUAAGAUACCCCAAGAAGGCCUCUUCGAAUAG